AAUAAAUGGAGCUCCCGGGUUUUGGCCGAGUGUUUGGAAUGUUUGACCCUAGUACCCCCCCGUUCCUCUUAGUCUGUAAACACUAAACCCCCCUUUUCCCCUGCCGCUCCUUCGUUUUGUUUUCAUCAAAAGUAGUGCUCUUAGUCGUUCAUUAAUCAGUGAGAUACUAUUGUUUCUUUCCUCUCAACACAAGAGCUGUCACUCGUUUCCAGCUCCAUUCACUCUUUUUUCAUCCAUCUAUCCUCCAAAUCUGAAAUUUAUAUACACUACUACGUCGCGUUUUCUGUCGCAUUCCCUUACGUUUUUGAAACGGAGUCAGCCCAAUUGAAAUCGCAUACCACCCAUUGUAUCUUCAUCGCAAUCAGGAUGCAGUUCAGCAAGGUUCUUCUCGUUCUUUCCGCAGCUUUUGCGCCCUUCGCCUUUGCAGAGGAUUCGCCAACUAAGACCCUCACCAUCCAGGUUGUCCAUUUGACGACCUCAACCUCUCCCAGCUCCUCUGCUUUCUCAGUCCAUACCCCUUCCAGCUCCGCAAGAGUGUCUUCCACUCCGCUCUUUUCGAAGACCCCUUCGCCGACUCCUUCUGUGACACCCUCGUCAUACAUCGUCCCUCAGGCUACGGGUGGCGCCCCUGCCAUCAAGUUGUCUAACGCAAUGGCUGCUGGUGUGGUCGCUGCUGCUGGCUUCGUCAUGCUUUAAGUGCCUGGCUGGUGAUUCGUUCGAAGCGAUGCGCAAUUGGAUCAGGAUGGUCAUCCUUCAAAGGCGAGCAAAUCCUGGCUGCUGUGGCACCAUAUGAAUUGGCUUUCGAACCCGUGUUGAUUAACAUGCUCUGUGGGCCUAGCAUGGAGGGAGGGCGGUGCCAAUAGAGGGAAGUUAACAAGUACAAUCAAUAACCCAAAAAGUACUGCACGGCAAGCCGCUUUCCGCCUACCUAUCUCAUUCCGCAUGCUUUUUUUUGAGCUUCAACCGAGACCAUCGCUGUUCUACAUAACGGAUUCACGGUAUUCAUCUGUUGGGAAGGGUCGUCAUCUUCUAUUCUACUAUGCUAUGGUUCGGAAUCUGAUCAUCAACCUCGAUGAUAGCUUAAUUUCCUGCCACCCCUUGUUAUGAUUUGGAUCGCUAUACCCUUUUCCUUACUUGACUGAACCAUUUGUUGUACUUUUCUACUUUUGGCCUCACCCGAUCCCAAUUUAUGUUUCGAAGUAACGAAGUGUAGGACUAAAUGGACAGUUGACGAUUUGAACUUAAUCGUGCAUAUUCUUACUCUGGAAAUUUCGCGUCUACAUAUACUAUAAUCUAUGGUAAAGUACAUACUGAUUUUUAGCUAUAAUAUAAGUU